CGAUGUGACACCUGCCUGAGUACACAAGACUCACCCUGCUUCCACCUGGCAGCCUGGCCCCGCCCCCUCCCCUGUGCAGAAGAAGAGUCAGAGAGGAAGAGGAGCGAUCGAGGGAGAAUGGAGGAGAGAUCCUGCAAUCAGAGGCUGCAACAUGUCAGGGGAUCCCUCUUCAUACUGUUCAUGGUUCCAUUUCUGUGCUCCACCAAGGAGACCACAUCUGUGACCCAACAAUCCCAACGGUACUUGAAUAAUAGAGACUAUGUCACUUUUGAGAACUUUCCAAAGACUCUUGCCAAUGCAAACAUUUCCGUGAAAUAUCUGUGUACCCGGCCUUGCACGGUGCACAUGGAUGUGGUGGCUUCCUCAGAGUUUAGAACUGGGAUUGUAGUAUUUAAAAAGUCUUGGAAUAAUGAGAAACACGUCCAUGAGCUACGGAGCCGCUUGGUGAGCUUGAUGCUUCCCAGUGCCAUGGUGUACAGGAGUGACGGUAUCAUGCAGCACAGCAUUGACAUGUACUACGCCGCACUCCGAGCUUGGGUGGUGCACAGCGACCAUCUACAACGGGACUCCAGACACAAUGAAACUCUUUUCUAUGCAGCAGCAAAGACUUUCAAAGUGAUCAAUAUUAGUCCACCGCAUCAACGUCCU